AUGUCUGCCGGAGCCGUCACGUUGAAUAGUGCCUCGGCACACUCUGUCCCAGCAAUUAGCAAUGAGACAUGUGCUCAGUCGGCAAUUUCUGAGAUGCAUGACAAGGUGCUGCACCAGUUCGCUCAGUUCGAGACCUCACGUCGGCUGAUUGCGUGCCUUGUCAACGAGGGCAUGAUCGAUGCUUCAGUUGACCAGUCUGGCUACCUCAACCUCCGUCAGCCAAAGGAAUCGAAGGAAUCCAAAGGGCCGACGGUGAGAGUUGGUCUGACUGGAGAUGCAGCAAGAGAGUGGCUGGAGAGCACGUCCAAGCCGUACCUCCAGCCCAGUGAGCUGUCCGUGCCGAUCAUGAUCAGGCGCGAGCAGGAUGGUCAAGCUGAAGAUGUGGCUGAGACCGACCCGACUGUACUCUUCAGCCUUAUGUCGCCCUGGUUUACCACCGAGAAUACUAGCCAAGAGGCAAUUGACACAAUUACCCGGCAGCUGAAGAGCUCUGCGGAAAAUCAAGAGGAGUGGUUCCAUCUGGCCAAGCAUCAAUACUUGCCAACCCUCGCCGAUCCAGCCAUCGUGUGGGAGCAGAGCAUCCUGACGGGGCACCCGACUCACCCGAUGCACAGGAGCUGCUUCGCGCAGGAGCCCUUGGAGACGGUCUCGCCCAAGGACGUCCAGUCGCUGCGCAACCCGGAGAUCAAGUUCCUGGCCGUCCCAUCCUCAGACCUGCGCGUCACGGGAUCGUUCCAGACCCGCCUCCGACCUCUGCUGCAGAAGCUCGGUAUCGCCAACACCUUCCCUGGCACGGUCGUGGUGCCCUGUCUGGGGCGUCAGAUCCCUGCCAUUAGGUCCCGCUUCCCGAACGUUGAGGUGCUGCCGUCUCCACCCGUCACCGCGCGCGCCCAGGCCGCUACCAGGACGGUCUCCUUGGCGCCAGAGCUUGAAUCCCCAUACCAUCUCAAGCUCGCCUUGGCCUGCUUCAUCACCUCGGCCCUCCGCACUGUCAGCCCCUGGACUGCCUGUGUGGGCCCCGAAGCAGGAGAUGUCCUGUCAGACGUCCUGCCGGGGGAUUUGUGGGUCGCCCGCGAGGUCGCCAGCGUCACCGGCAGCGGCGCCGACUUUGACGAGGCAAAGCACAUCUCGUGUGUCCUGAGAGAGGAUCUGGAGCCUCGGGCAAAUGCUCUUGGCGAGACGCUCAUCCCUGCCGCUGCCCUCGCCGAAACGGACCUGGCCACGGGAAUAAGCAGUGCUGAGCGUGUGUUCGGCCUGGAUUCCAUCAACAAGCGUAAACAAUGGCUGCGGAGCUACGUCUCGACUCUGUUGCGGCUCGUGAUCCCACCAGCUCUGGAGUCGGGCGUGGCGCUGGAAGCGCAUGGCCAGAACAUGUUGGUCCGGGUCAACAGAUCCACAAAGGAGGUAACUGGGUUUGUCGUCAGGGAUUUCGGCGGCAUCAAGAUCCACAUGCCGACGCUUCGCGAGAGAGGCUACACCCUCUACAGCGCCUUGCCUGACAGCUUCGUGACCACUGAGGUUCGAGAAGAGGCUUGGGAUAUUCUCCACCAUACGCUGUUCAACAACAAUAUCAACCACCUCAUCCAGUCACUCGGCCUGCACCGCAACGGUGGGUGGGCCAUUGUCCGCGAGGAGCUCGACAAGGUCAUCAAUGAGUCGACAGUGGGCCCCCGAAAAGAGCUCCUCGAGUAUCUCUCCAAGGACCAGGUCCACUUGAAGUGCUUCCUGAAAAUGAAGCUUGAAGGGCUUUACAGAGAUGUGAGUUUGCUUCUCCCGCCGGUUGAGUUGGCAGUACUGGUAGCUAACCCUGUCAAAUUCUAA